AUGGAAUAUGAACGUUCUCUAUUCAGAAUUUAUGACGUGCUUUUAAAACAAAGGAGUAUUCACUAUUCAUUCAGGAUGCUCAUGGCUUUUUGCUGAUUAAUUGGAACACUAGAACUGGUCUGUCUCAUUACAUUUCACUCUCUUUAUGUAAAUGAUGGAACUAUUCUAGCUAAAGCAAUCUCCCAUCAGCUGCUCUCAGACUGUCCCAGCUAUACUUCUCCAGAAUUUAACUUAAGCCUUCCUAUAUCCUCCCACUGCAGCACAAACAUAACCCAAACCAUAUUCCCUGAAGACAUUUUCCUCAUAAACAUCAGCAGCUACUCAUAUGAAUUUUCUACGCAAAGACAGUCAAUUUUUUUAAAUAAAGAAGUAAGAGAAAGGAAAGGGUUUCAAGUACACAAUAUUACUAUAGAAAGGGAAGAUCUUAUAUUGACUGGGCUAUGAAAUAUUGCUGGGAUGAUGAAUGAGAGGGAUACGAUUAUAACUUAGGGGUUCUUUUAGCUUAGGUGAGGAUUUAUUUUACAGUUCUGGAAGAAUUGGAUACGAUUAUAGCCAAACCAACCAGCCUAAGCUGAGCGAAAAGCAGUCCUAGGCUAUAUAAUGAACCAAAUUAUUAGUGUUUUUAGCGACUAUGGAGGGAUGAUGAAGAAUUUGGGAAAUGGGAAUUAUUGGAUAUGGACUAAAGAAUAUGUAAGUGAGAAAAAACAUAUAGGAAACUUAGGAAGAAUUUGGGACGUUUUCAGAGCUUUUUACUGGUUUGCUAUAAUAUCGUUGGUGACAGGACUUAUAUGUAGAUUCGCAAUUGUAGGGUCAUCCGCUUUUUUAUUAGCCUUGCUAAGCUGUCCUUGUUUUAGGUUUAUAAAUCCUAACUGCCGAUAUAUUGCAUAUUUUGCCUUUCCAUGAAUUGGAGAGCCAGCUUAUGCACUAUCUCAUGCUAAUAAAAGCAGCUUCAGGCUCAUAAUGGCAUUUCUCUUAAUGCUUUUUGUGUUUUAUAUGAUGUACAUCGGUGCCUCUAUCCUCUGGACAUACGGCGUUUUAGAAAAUUUAUACAAAUUUUGCUAAUUUUUUAUAAAACUUAAAACUCCUAUAAUAAAUUAUUUAUUUAUUAUAUAAAAAUAUAUAUCCUUUAGGUCUUGACGAAAGAUUUUAUAACCUUUUCAGCUUAAUUGAAUUUUUUUCGCUUAUAAUGAUUCGGACCAAAAAAUCAGCUGCUUUUUAUCCAAGAAUUACCUGCUUUAUAAUCACUGCAUUUAUUAUUUAUAGAUACCAUUAUGUGUAUGGGUUUUUAAAUAUGGCUUUUUCUGCGGUAUCUUUAUACAGCUUUGGGCUAAUGUGCUAUGCAAUUUUAAACUGGGAAAUGCCGAUCUUUUUGUCAGAAGGACCAACUUUUGAUAGUCCAAGGCUACUUUACCAGCAAGUUUUUACACACAACCCAACAGCGUUGCCAGACGUCUGGAGCUUAUUUUACCCAGUAGAAGGUCGGGGCGAUUUUUCUGAUCAAGAAAUGCAUAGGAUUUUCCCACAAAAUAUUCCAGUUUAA